AUGUAUCGCGGAGAGCAUCUACAUAGUCGGGAGACCUGGACAGGAAGCAUGGCCUUCCAGUUUUCUCCUAAUAUAAACGGCAUUGAAGGAUAUUUUAGGUCUGCCGAGAGCUUCAUUCUAUCACACAAACCUUCAAAUGUAAUAAAAGCACCGAUGGCACAUGAUUACUAUUGUUGUCGAUGCGCCGCGUGGACUGCAGUUGGGUCGUUAGCCCUUGAGGCCUGCAAUACACGUAUACUGUACGAGGAACGGUAA